AUGGCGCAACAGAGUAGCGGGACACUAGCUCGCCGCACCGUGCUGUUUGACUUGCCAUCGGGGUUGAAGUGCGCGUGGUACAACCUGUCGCACCCUGCCCAGUACGCGGCAUUGGUCAUGACGCUGGGAUGCCUGUACGGGGUGAACCGGCUUUUCGACAGGCUUGAUAGCGCCAUGUACGCGCGACUCUCCUGCGCGACGCGCAACUGGAUGCAACAGAGGAGGGAGGCGCUCGGGAUGUAG